AUGGACAAGGUUCAGACCUGCAGAAGCAUUCCUCAUUUAUGCUCCGAUAUUUGGUCAGAAAUAUUCCAAUAUUUUGCAGUUACUGAUUUAUAUUCGACUCUCAAAAAUAUUAGUAGUACAUCUGAUGAGGUUCUGUUUAAUGGAAAAUAUCGAAACCAAUUACGAGGACUUACAGUCGAUUCUCAUACUACCAAGCUACCAAAUGAACUUCCACUAGAUCAAGUCAUAUCUCUGACAAUUCAAGACGGAAUUAGUUUCGAUAUACUUCAGAAAUGUUGUUGUCUUCGAUCACUCAAGCUUGUUGGACAAUUUGAAUGGAUAAUUCCUCUUGUGACAAAAUGUUCACAAAUAAGCAUGCAUUUGGAACAACUUUCCAUAGUUACACCAAAUAUUAAACUUUUACACCAACUUUUGUCAUGCAUUUUAUCUUUUGAUUCUUUACGACGAUUGGAGAUUUGUGCUGACGAACAAGAAGAGAAAAUAGAAGCUAAUAAUUUUCCACUAUUUCCAAGUAAAAUCGAACACUUGAUUUUGAAUUUAUGUCCAGCUAUUACUUAUGGUAGCUUGGCAUAUAUACAACCUGGUUUCAUAAAUAUUCGAUAUCUCAAUAUAAGUCUUUUUCGACAUGAUAGAAUUUCAGUUAACUUAUCGAACUUUCCAUAUCUUCGUUCCCUUCAACUUUCGCUACUUGAACCACCAUUUGAAGAGAUUAAUCGGCUAGUGGCAACAAUGCCUAAUCUGGUUAAACUUAAACUAUAUGGAAUUGUUGAUGAUGAGAACUUCAUUUACAGUCAUAAAUGGCUUCAUCUAUUAGAAUCUACACCUAGUCUUCUCCGAAUUGUAAUGGAUGUAUCAUUUCAAGAGACUAGAUCAAUAUUCUAUAAUGAAAAUCUUCAUAAGGCUUUACAUGGCAUAAACUUGAGUUUAAUAUGUAUGAUCGAUGAUUUUGACUGUUAUUCUUAUGAAGAAAGGCAACAGCGGUGGUGGCAAUUAGAAGGAGUUAUUCGAAAAAACUAUUGUAAAACAAACUAA